AUGGAUGAUUAUACUAGUAAUAAUGCCAGUGAAAAUGAAACAAUAACUCUGAAAAGUAGUGACGGUAUAGAAUUUCAUAUUGAUGCACGUAUCGCUAAUCGUUAUAACUUGCUUAACAAUUGGAAUGGUAGUGGCACGUAUUGGUUCACUGCUUUUAAAAAAAGUGCAUGCCUUCCUAACGUUACCGGAAAAGUCUUGGAAAAGGUUCUUGAAUGGUGUGAGCAUCAUAUUAACGAUCCACUACCUAAUUAUGAUGACGACGAUUCUCGAAGAAGAAAUACUGUAAUCGAUGAUUGGGACCAACAUUUCCUAAAUCGUGUCGAUCAGGAUAUGCUCUUUGAUAUCAUUCUGACUGUCGCCAAUAUGAUUAAGGGUAAGUCACCCGAAGAAGUGAGAUCUACCUUUAAUAUUGUUAAUGAUUUUACUCCGGAAGAAGAAGAAGCUAUUCGUAAAGAAAAUGAAUGGAUUGAUGAUGAUUAUUAA